AUGACCACACCGGACUCGCAGAUCGAUUACGAGGAUGCUAUAGAUUACUGGACCGGGAUUCCAGCCACUGUGGAUGGUGUGCUUGGUGGCUACGGCGAGGGAACCGUAGUACCAGCGAUGGAUGUGCUUGGAUCAAAUCAUUUCCUAAGGAAACUAAAAUCUAGAAUGAUCCCAGAAGCCAAUUGCAAGAAGAUUGGUGCAGAUAUAGGUGCAGGAAUUGGAAGAGUCACCAAAAAUAUGUUAUCCAAACAUUGCGACGUAGUAGACCUACUAGAGCCUGUCAAACCGUUUGUCGAACAAAUGAACAUCGAGUUGCAUGAGUUGAAGGAAGAGGGCAAGAUCGGCAAAAUCUACGAUAUGGGUAUGCAGGACUGGCAACCUGAAGAAGGCAAAUACUGGCUCAUUUGGUGCCAAUGGUGCGUUGGACACUUGCCCGACGAUGAAUUAGUGAAAUUCUUACAACGAUGCAAGAAAGCUUUACAACCAAAUGGUACAAUCGUCGUCAAGGAAAAUAACACACCCACUGGUAAUGACGAUUUUGACCCUGAGGACUCCUCCGUGACAAGAUCGGACACCAAGUUUAAGGAGAUCUUCGAAAGAUGCGGACUCAAACUAAUAGCGACUGACAGACAAAAAGGUCUUCCAAGAGAGUUAUAUCCCGUUAGAAUGUACGCUUUGAAACCUACGACUUUAUAG